AUGUAUCCAAAGUAUCGGUUCUGGUUCCUACCUAGAACUGACCCUCACAAGAUCGAUUUUAGUUCCAAAUUCGGUGGAACCGACACUAUGACUGUUUCCAAUGGAUUAACGGCAAGUUCUGUCGCACCUUUGGCCAUAGAAUAUCUUAUCGUUUUAUACUUUUAUAGGAAGACAAAAAGAAAAAGCAAAAAAAAAAAACUCUGCUUUGUUCUAGCCAUGGAACUCUUCACUCUCCAAACUUUCCUCUUCUUCUCCUUCAUUUUUCUCUCCUUCCGCCUUUACUUCUCCAUUUCAAAUAAAAGAACCCUAAACAAAGGCUUCAAACACUACCCUAUUGUAGGAAUCUUGCCGGAUUUCAUCAAAAACCGGCGUCGAUUUCUUGAGUGGUCAACCGAAACACUUCAAAGUUGUCCCACAAACACUGCUUUCUUAUACCGUCCUCCGAAAGUUCGUGGCAUCAUCACAGCGAAUCCGUUAAACGUCGAACAUAUUCUCAAGACCAACUUUGAGAACUACCCGAAAGGCGAUAAGUUCAUCUUCCUUCUUGAAGAUUUUCUCGGCCGAGGAAUCUUUAACUCCGACGGGGAGUUGUGGAAAGUCCAGAGGAAAACUGCAAGCUAUGAGUUCAACACAAAAUCGCUCCGAAAUUUCGUUAUGGAGAAUGUUGGGUCCGAGAUUUUGUCAAGAUUAGUUCCGACUUUAAGCAAAGCCUCAAAAUCAGAACAAGUGUUGGAUUUACAAGAUAUUCUAGAACGGUUUGCGUUUGACAACAUAUGUAAAGUAGCUUUUAAUGUAGAUCCUGGUUGUCUUGAGGGAGAUGGAACGGGUCGUUCGGAGUUUAUGCGCGCUUUUGAAGAUGCGGCCACGCUUAGUGCUGAGAGAUUCCGGUCUGUGUUUCCAUUCAUAUGGAAAAUCCAGAAGUUAUUAAACAUAGGAUCAGAACGGGUACUGCGGAAUUCAAUUCAAAUAGUUCAUGAAUUCGCUAAUGAUAUUAUUCGUACAAGAAUGGAAGCAAAAGAAGAAAAUAAGGGCGAAGAUUUACUGUCACGGUUUAUCGGAAAUAAUGAGUUCUCACCCGAAUUUCUUCGAGAUAUCGUCAUAAGCUUCAUUCUUGCAGGACGAGACACAACAUCUUCGGCUUUAAGUUACGUCUUUUGGUUAUUAUCUUCCCGUCCAGACGUUCAGAAAAAGAUACUGAAGGAGCUGGAGUUAAUCAGGGUCCGAAGCGGGAAAAGUAUCGGCGAUAUUUACAGUUUUGAUGAGCUACGAGACAUGCAUUACUUACAUGCAGCAAUAUCCGAAGCGAUGCGAUUGUACCCACCAGUACCGAUUGAUACAAAAGCUUGCAGCAACGACGACAUCUUGCCGGACGGGACAUUUAUCGGCAAGGAAUGGUUUAUUUCGUAUCAUACAUAUGCGAUGGGGAGAAUAGAGAGUAUAUGGGGUGAGAAUUGCAAUGAAUAUUUGCCCGAAAGGUGGCUCGAAAAUGGAAUUUACCGGCCAGAAAACAUGUUUAAGUUUCCGGUUUUCCAUGCUGGGCCGAGAAUGUGUCUGGGGAAAGAUAUGGCAUAUAUUCAGAUGAAAUCAAUUGCGGCAUCUGUGAUCGAGAGGUUCGUGAUCGAUGUUCAGAAUAGGGAUAAGUUUCCGGAGCACGUGUUAUCUUUGACUCUAAGAAUGAAAGAUGGGUUACACGUGAGGGUGAAGGAAAGACGUGUGGACGUGAUCAAUUGAGCUUAACCUACUGGAAAGGAAGUUGCCAGUUGCUAUGGGAUCGGGCUUCGAGAGAGAGCCGUGCUUUUUUGUUUUUUAUUUUUUAAGAAAAUAAAAAUUAUAUAUCAACCAAUAAUUUAGAAUGUUUAAGGCAGGUGCCGGAAUGUUGCCCAAUCUUUGAAAGGUCACGUGCUGUUGUAAUUGUCGAAAAAGCUAAAGUGAAAGGGAUAAACAUAUAAAUACAAUUCGAUGUCACUUAUUUAUAUUUGAUUCACCGAAUUAAAGGC